AUGGCGCACACGGCGCGGAAGCGUGACAAAGCUUGGCUCGUGUGGUGUUUCGAGCACUGCACGAAGCCUGAGCACGGCCAGGUACGAAAAGAGCUGAAGGGGAUAGCCACGAAGUUCGGGUACCAGUUCAAGUCGCACAAGAAAUCCAUGGGCUUCCUCAGCUGGCUCGAAGGCAGAAAGGAAAGUAUACUUCUCAUCGCAGACUGGCGGGAAGCGAAGCCCAUCAUAGAAGAGCUCAGCAGAAGCAACAACCGUCACGACAUUCCAGUGUGCGUUGUCGCACAGACGGAGAAGAUGUUUCGUCGCGCAUCUCAUUUCGCAGGCAAGCAUGGGACGGGACCCGAAAUUGUGGUGGAAUUGGGCUACUCGCACGAGAGCGUGGAGGGGUUGGUCCUCUCUCACCUGCAAGCAGCAGGCGAGACGCCACACGUGGAGAUUCCGCCAUCGCCCGUGGAGGAGCUGCCCUUCACGAGCUUCAUGUCUCUGCCCAGUCUUCUCAACGCCGUCAGGGACCCCAAGAUGGCUGCGGUGCUGGAGCAGGACUCACCGGGUGGCCAGACCAUGGACUUGAGCCGUGACUCGAACUUGCUCGUGAUAUGCAGUGAUGGGCAGCCAGCUGCGCCUCGCGCGCGGUCCGAGGAGCUUGCGCGGCGUAGGCGGUGGAGCGCCGGUGCCGAGCUCAAGAGGCUGGAGACAGCGCUGCGCCAGAUGCAGGCGGCCACAGCCCAAGCCUUGGCCGCCUCUGCGCAAGAUGCCAAGGACUCCGCGCUGCGGGCAGGUCAGUUCGCGGCUGAGGAACGCCUCCGCAUUCGUCGCGCGGCGGGAGAGGAGGCGACACGCAGCCGAGAGCUGCAGAAGGAGCUCCGGGCCGAAGUGGAGGCCGCCGGCGCGCUGCGCAGCCGCGCCGAGGCGGAGCAGGAGGCGCUCUCCGCGGAGGUCAAGGCACAGCGAGAAGAGCUGUCGGCAUUGCAGGCGGAAUUGAGGUCCCAGCGGCCAUCGGCCUCGCCUGCGGCAGGUCGGCGGUCCACUUGGCGAACGAGCUGGAUGCAGGGCCCGGCGGAGGAGGGCCCGCCAUCCGACUUGGCGGAGCGCCUUCGAGACCAGCAGCUCGCGGUGCUGCGGGCGGAGCUGGCUGAGGCCCGGCGGCGCACGUCGGAUGCCAGCUCCGACGACGAGAGCGAGGAGCUCUUCGCCUGGGAGCAGGAGCUGCGGAGCCGCCUCGAAGAGGCCGCUUCCCGCCGCGGUGUGCAGCUGGACCUUCAGACUCUGGAAACCCACUUGGCGGCAGGCCUGCGUUUUGGCGAGGCGGACUUUGCCGACGCCGCGGCGGCAGCCGAGGCGCUCGAGACGGCUACUGCCCUCCUCGACGCCUUCAGCGUGGCGCUCGAAGUGUCGCUCCCCGCGCCGAGGGGUGGUGAGGUGGCACGGAGCGUGCGCAUCCGCAAGCUCCAAGAGGCUGCGGCCAAGCAUGGCAUUGACUCCACUCGGCUGGUCGUCAAAGAGCAGCAGGGUGAGGCCCGAGAGCGCGCGACUGUGCGGCUAAUCUUCCGCGAGCCCAAGGGCUCACGCUUGAGUGGCUGGGUGCAGUGCGUGGAUUUCUCCCGGCCGGAGUUUAUGAGAAACGUCGACCUCAGCGAGCACGAAGCGGUGCUUGCGGCAUGCUGGGUAACUGGUCCCGAGGGCUUUAGCCGCCGAAUCAAAGCCUUCUCUACACCGGCGUUCGUAGAGAUCCCAGCUUUGGCGCCAAUGCCAACAAACCGAAGUCGCGAAGAUGCGCUGCGAGCAGCCGGGGACUUCGCUUCCAAGGCCGGCUCUCAACAGGCAGCGCCCCUUCUGCCCACUGCCGAGCUACGGCAGCGACUUGAGAAGGGCGAGAACGUGGUCCUGGUAGACGUCCGGUGCAAGGAGGAGAUGGACGUGUCCAUGAUCCCCGGCUCGGUGACAAAGGAGCACUUCGAGUCCCAGCUCCUUCCUGGGCUGCGUGCUGCAGAUCCGCAGCCUCUGGUGGUUCCUUACUGCACCGUGGGCUACCGAUCUGGUGUCUACGCGAAGGAGCUCAUGAACAAGCAUGGACUGCAAAACGUGCGCAACGGCGAGGGUGUGAUCAUGUGGACCUUCGAUGGUAGCGGCCUGGUCCGUCCGGCACCGGGUGCACCAGGGACGGUGGUCGGCAAAAGUGCCGAGGAUGCUGGUGAGGCUCCGUCCACCGCCUGGGAGCCAGUGACCCGCGUGCACGUCUACGGGAAGCCCUGGGACAUGGCGGCCGAAGGGUACACCACGGAGUUCUUCUCCCAGUCUGGCGGGGCCUACCGCUUCUUGAAGCAGAAGUGCUCGGAGAGAGGCAUCAAAGUGCUGCCAUGGCUCUUCAUCUUCGCGCUGUUCUAUCUUUUCUUCACGCCCGCCUGCGGCGUGAUGUACAGCUGUGGCUGCCGGGUUUUCCCCGCUAAGUACGGCCAGGUCGCCACGUGUAAUAUCUUCACGCCGGGCCACCCGCCCGAGCACAAGUGCCCUUGGUGCAGCUGCCAGGGACUGUCCUGCCUAUUCGUGGCAUUCGACACCCGUGCAUUCAGGAAUGUCCCACUCUUAGAUCUUUGCCCGGAUGGAUGCUUCGUGACCAUGAUCACCGUGGGUGUCCUGUACUUCGCCUUCGCGCGAACCGACAAGUUCCUUCUGCGCAGGAACUUCGGUCCUGGGGCGAUAGCGGCCACGAAGUCCUGCAUCGCCCUGGCAUACUUUGUGCUGUACUGUUUGGCUUUUGGCGCGAUUUUCUUCCUCGGGAGCCCGGAGUACCCGCACUUCCUGGGUAUCGAGCGAGAGCUUUCGCUGGACGUGGACAACGCCACUGCUGCUUGA